GAAACUGUGUUUUGUUCUUCACUACAACAAUACAGACGACCUCACAUUUUCACAGCUGCAUUUUUGGAAACUGUGUCAGAUGUCAUAAUGGAGAGGUUUCUUGCAGUUCCUGGUAGUGAUAUACAACUUAAUAGGGAAUUGCGUAACAGUUUAGAAGCUUCAAAAAAAUCGAUAAAAGAAGCAGAAAAAGCCCUCAAUGGCAAUCGUUACAAGUCGUUAAAAGAAGAAUAUUUAUGUGAUGCUUUUAAAGAAAUCGAAGAAAAUGAUUUCGAGAAAGUGGUGGAUGAAUUGCAAAAGUUACUCAAAUUGCGAGAUGAAACAAAAACAGCACUGCUUGAUGCAUUGGGCACGACUGAACGGCUAGUAACGGAUUGGAGCUAUUUUGAGAUUGAUGAUAGCAAAUAUGAAAUUAUUUUCAUUCAAAUUGUCUUCCAGAAAAAAAAAAAAAAAGUGAAUCUAGGGGUCGCAAAAUAUAGCAUGAAGUUUGAGUUGGCCAUGUUGGUCGAAAAAAGGCUUCGUUGGGGGUGCAUCCCCAUUAAGACCAGAAGGUAUUUGGAUGAAGAAACGCUAGCUAUGACUAUUGAACGUCAGAAAGAACAGUUCAAGAUUCUGUGCAAAGCCAAGUUAUUUCGCUAUGUUGAUGAAAAAUGUGAAAACUAAAAAAUCAAAAGCUAUGUUUAAAUAAAACGAAUGUAAUAA